AUGUUUGUCAUGAAGAUGCAUCAAUUAACUACUAUAAGCCUGGUGUUGGCAAUCGCCGUUAACUGCGUCAUGGCAGAGGAUGAGGGCGGCGAAGACUACUAUGGCGAAGAGACGUGCGAGAACGAGAGCUUCUACUGUGAUUAUGACGAUGCUUCUAUAUUCUACAGAUGUAUUGACGGCAACUUCCACACAUUUCAUUGCCCUUCUGGUCUGCACUUCAGUUCUAGUAUGCAGACGUGUGACUGGCCUCACCUUGCCGACUGUUCCAACAAAGAAGAGCCAACAGAGGAUGUGGGGGGACACGGAAAUGGCGAAAGUGUUCACAACGAAGAAGACGAUAAGCACAAUAGUGUUCAGUCUGAGGAUCAAGUCGUUGAUGAAGGCGCUGAAAGCACUGGAGAAAGUUCUUGGAUAAGCCAAGCAGCUGCUUCUGGAAAGUCAUGGUGGAGACCGACGGGACUUACGUCAGAUCAGUGGCAAGAUGUCAGCACCAUUAAAAAACCUGUGUUUCUGCCCCACAAACCAGACAAACCUAAAUCAGAACCUGAAAGUGAACCUCAGAAAUCGGAUGACGAGGAAAGUCCCCCAGCUCCUAUACAAGUCAGUUCUACAAGCUCACACUCAGCGUCCAUUGAGAGACCUUCAUCAUCAAGUGUCCAUUGGAAUGAAGGAUCCUGCUCUUCCUCCAAUUGCCAGCUCCCAACCUGUUACUGUGCUGGAACCGAAAUUCCAAAAGGACUCCCAGUAUCUUCCGUACCACAGAUGGUCAUGAUAACUUUUGAUGAUGAAGUUUCAGCGGCUUUUUACGGCUACUAUCAAAGGUUAUUCAGGCCUGGGCGUUACAACCCAAACGGAUGUCCGGUUCGGGGAGGUUUGUACGUGUCUGGUAGUGGAACUGAAUACGAUCUUGUCUACCCAUUGUAUGCUAUGGGCAUGGAGAUCGCUAGUCACACAGUUUCUCACAGAUUCCCCCAUACUUGGUGGGCUACAGCAACUUAUGACGACUAUUUUGAAGAAGCAUCUGGUCAGAAGGAGAACCUUAUAACACGAGCUGGCAUUCCCAGUGAGGCGAUCAAAGGAUUUAGAGUUCCGUUUCUGCAGCUUGGCAGUGAUAAUAUGUACAGCGCAUUAUAUGACUCAAAAUUUGUCUAUGACACAUCCAUGUUCACGGGAAAUGAAUGGGAAGGUGGUACUCCAGUCUGGCCCUUUACUCUGGAUUAUGUACCCAGUUCAGCUUACUGCCAGCAUGGACCUUGUCCUAAAAAACAAUAUCCGGGCAUGUGGGAGAUUCCGGUACAACGGUGGUAUGGUCUCGAUGGCCAUUCUUGCGCCAUGCCAGAUGGUUGCAGCAGCACUAGCGAUGCUGAAGAAACGUUGGAAUAUCUCAAAUCCAACUUCAGGCGUUUCUACAACUCAAACCGCGCACCGUUUGGUGUCUUCAUACAUGCUCGCUGGUUCAGCACCGAACAUAACCUGGAUGCUUUAGACAGAUUCAUCGACUACCUGCUGACUGUGGACGAUGUGUACCUUGUCACACCUAGCCAGGUCAUAGAGUGGAUGAAGAAACCCACACCUGUUCACGAAAUCAACGGGUUCGGACCUUGGUCUUGUCAAGGGGCAGCCAAGGAUAUAUGGCAGGAGAAAUAA